AUGCGGAGGUCCAGCGGCAUGUCAGAUGCUUCCUAUAAAUGGAUAAAUCGUGUGUUUAAAGCGCUGCACGGUGUGAGGAAAGCCUUUGAAGUGCCGUUACGCAGCGCGCUCCAGUGUUGGCACUUGCGCGCUCGGCGCAGGCCUUUAGAAACUCUGGACUUGUCGGGACCCGAGAGACUCCCCCGGGCGGCCAGGGGAUGA